CUGUGUUGUUGACUAAUAGAAUAACCUGAUCCACAAUAUUAUCAGUGUACUUCCUAUCAAUUUUUAUUAGUUUAAUAUUUCAUUUGGAAUAUUUAUGUAAUUAGUGUGAUUAACUUUCUUUCUAUUCUAAAUAGUGAUAUUUGAAUUUAUGAACUGGGAAUAAAAUUAUGUUUAGGGAUGGAAAUCCUAUCAAUUAAAUUAUAUCAGUAUGGAUAGCAGUAGUAGAUAUCAUUAUUUUUGACAAUGAGGAUGGGUGAUCAUCAAAAAGAGAAAAAAGGACUAUCUCCAAAGCCACCUUUACUCCCAAAGCCUAAGUUCAUCCCUCCAAUCACAAAAAUUAGUGAAGAAUGUAAAAAUGGUUUAUUUAAAAAUUCAACUGUAGAUAGUUCUAAAGAAGAUACUUCGGAAGCGGAUAGUUCACUCUCCUUUAUUGAAAUAGCAAACGAUAGUAAAAUUGAAAAUGUUACCAGUGAUAAUAAGGCCUAUUUAAUAGCUAAUGAAUUUAUGACAUCUGAGCAAGUAUACAUAGAUGCCUUAAAAUUAAUAGUUUUUGAUUUCAAAAAUUAUAUAAAUGAAUGUAAUGUGAAAAGCAAUUCUGUGAUAAUUCCAAAUAAUGAGCUAGAAAAAAUAUUUACGACCCUUCCUCAACUUCUUCAUUUAAAUGAAGAUUUAUUAAAUGAUUUGGUGGUUAGGUUAGACAAAUGGAAUGAAGGAAAAGGUUUAGCUGAGGUUAUAGUUCGUAAAGGGCCCUUUUUGAAACUUUAUACCACUUAUAUGAAGGAUUUUGAAAAUCAGUGUAAUUAUAUGGAUGAAUGCUGCCUCAAGUACCCUAAAUUUGCUAAUGCUUUGAAAGAAUAUGAAAAAUCUCCUAUUUGUAAAAAAUUAACUUUAAAGCAUUAUAUGUUAAAACCAAUUCAAAGGAUUCCUCAUUAUCGUCUGUUAUUAGAAGACUAUUUAAAACACCUUGAUAAAGAAAGCUCCGAAUAUAGAGAUACAGAAACUGCUUUAAAUAUCAUUAGAGAUGUUCUUCAUCAUGCUAAUUGCAGUUUAAAAUUAGUGGAAAAUUUUUACAAAUUGUACCAAAUUCAGACAGCUCUUGGGAAUUAUGAAAUAAUUAAACCAGGAAGACUUUUUAUAAAAGAAGGAGAACUAAAAAAACUGAGCAGGAAAGAAACACAAGGGCGUUUUAUUAUUCUGUUAAGUGAUUGUUUGCUGUAUACAAUUUAUACUACUUCAGUUACUGGACUCAAACUCAAAUAUGAGCUUCCUUUAUCUGGCAUGAAAGUUCAAACUCACAAUGAUACUCAAGGAGUUUUCAAGGAAUUCAGUAUCAUCACAAACACAAGAAGUUUCACACUUAGAGCAAAAAAUAGUAUAGAAGGUGAAGAAUGGGUGAAUGCUUUGACUAAAGCAAUUAAAGAAAAUAAUUCAAGACAGCUUUCAUUUCUAAAUAAAACAUGUAAUGUGGGUACAGAAAAUUUUGAUUCUCUGAAGCUUGGAAGACAGGCACCAAUCUGGAUUCAGGACAAGAGCACAACAAUGUGUCAAAUUUGUACUGCUGAGUUUACAGUUACCUUUAGAAGGCAUCAUUGUAGGUGCUGUGGUAAGGUGGUUUGUGGUGAUUGCUCAAACAAUAAAGCUCCUCUUCUGUAUUUAAAAUUUCAAUCUGCUCGUGUUUGUGAAGAGUGUUACAACUAUUUAUUGAAAGAAUUUGAAGACCCUCUAAAUAAAAUGAACGAGCUUAUAAAGCAAGAAUUAAAAAUAUCAGAUGAGGAAGCCGAAAAUUUUCGAGCAUCAUUUAAAAAGAUGGAUAUUGUUAAGAAAGUUAAAAAGUUUGUUCCUCAACGAUUAAAAGAGGUAAUGGCCAAUGACAGCGGUUCAUCAAUGAGCGGCUGGUUGUGUCGAAAACAUAAAAAGGAUUGGAAACGAAUGUGGUUUGUUCUUAAGGAUCAAGUGCUUUACAUGUAUAAAGCAUCUCACGACGUUGUUGCUCAUGAUAGUUUACCAGUUUUGGGUUAUUCCGUUGAUAGAAGAGUUGAGGUGGAAGACAUGGAUUGUAAUUUGGUUUUUAGAUUGACUCAUGCUGGCCAGACCCCUGUAGUUUUUUCUGCCCCAAACAAGCAGUUUGCUGACAUGUGGGUUAAUGCUCUUACUGAAGCUAGUGUUUUGAAAUGAAACAUAUUUCGUUCUGCAUAUAAUUGAUGGGCAUUCAAUUAAACUUGGUAUUAUAAUUUAUUAAAAUUAUUUAUAUUAUUUAAUUUGACAAUCAAUAUGACACUUUUGCUAACAGAUUUGUAAAGAUCUAUUUUUUGUAUUUUAUUGUACAGACAAAAAUUAAAUUGUAUAUUUUUGUAAAUUAGAUGUAUUGAUAAUGUAAAUUGUUUAUAAAUAAAAGAAAGUUUGUUAAUGUAAUUUUUAUCUUCCAGUUUUAAGUUUUAUAUGUACCUAUAGCUUCAUUUAUUAUUAUUAUUAUGUAAAACUAAUGUGCGUUGUUUGUUAGAUCUGUUAAAUUUAAAUUUCCUUCCAUCACAUUAGUUGUAUUAUUUAAAUCAAUGUUGAAUUUUUAAAUUUUUCAGCUAAUUUGUUGUUCUGUUUUGCCUAAUAUUAAAUGAGUUGUUAGUAAAAAAGAGAAACUUUAUGACUGUAAAUGCUUUUAUAUCUAAACCAGUUCUUCAAGUAUUUAUGUGAUAUAAUUAAGCUGCCUAAUGUGGAAUUGUCUUUGUGGUCUCUUGCUUAUUUAAAUUCCAUCCACCAUAAUAAAUGUUUUAUAACCUUA